AAAAUAAAUAGCACUGCCGCUCAAGAAGUCUCGACACAGGCACUCGCUUUCAGAAUUUCUACUAUGCUACUGCGGAUGUGAAUCACCUUAUGCUGGAAGUACAUUUCAAAAGUGAGAGACAUACGAGUAUCAACUGAUUUUGGCGACUUCGCUAAUAGACGUAUACAUACAGUGAAUCAUAAGUCAGCAGCACACGGCCAAGUAACGGCCACAUGCACAGGGCCGACGCGAUUCCAUACUAUCUUACCGUCCUGCUGUAGUGAUUUGAACGGUUAGAAUAGUGCUAUGUUGGAUUCGAUCACAGAAUGGCUGCUACCAAUACUGGAUCCUAUAUUACACAUACUGAUGAGUACUACACUACAGUAUGUUGUGGUUGCCUGCUUGAUGUGGUACUUGAUUGCACAAGGACUUAAUUGCCUGCUUGACAACCAAAGACCGCGCACCGUCAAAAAAUAUAAGGAUGUGCGUAAGAAACCGAGGCGAAUCUCCCAGUUUCCGUCAAGACCUGAGCUUCUCAUUUGGGAGCCUUCGUCUCCAGAGCUACCAUUACCAAAUCCGAAGAAGGAGUUGCGGAGUGGUAGGAACAAAACGGGACUACCUUGAUUUCAAUGAUUUGACACACACAAACCCCCCCCCCUUUAUGUAGUAGCUUUAAAGCAAUAAAAAUAGUAAUUUAGUGAUUGA